GUGGCACCUUGGACUUUGGACUCUGGACCUUGGAAUCUGCGAAAGCUUCACACGACCGCAGCGACGGCGCCAAAUAAACAACCAACAAUCACGACCUAGACCACGACCCAACCACGAACGAGCUCCACGACGACCAAUUAAGAAGAUAAAUAAUCCAACCCAUUAGUGACCUACCUCGUUCCAACCUGGAAAUAUGAGGGCGCUUCUCCCUCUCGCGAUGCUGGGCUCCGUCGCCCAAGCGCUGUACUUCUUCAUCGACGGCACCACUCCGAAAUGCUUCUUCGAGGAGCUGCCCAAGGACACUCUCGUCGUCGGCCACUACAAUGCCGAGGAGUGGGACGACAACGUGCGGUCGUGGUCCAAGCACGACGGUAUCAGCAUCUACAUCUCCGUCGAUGAAAUCUUCGACAACGACCACCGCGUAGUCUCGCAACGGGGCUCGUCCUCGGGCCGGUUCACAUUCACCGCUGCCGACGCCGGCGAGCACAAGAUCUGCUUCACCCCCAGCUCCUCCUCGGGGCGCCAGGGCUGGCUCUCCGCCCUCCAGCCCAACGGCGGCAUCAAGCUGACCCUCGACCUGGCCAUCGGCAGCUCCGAGAUCGAGUCCACCGACAAGUCCAAGCUGAUGGACAUCAGCCAGCGCGUGCGGGACCUCAACGCUAGGCUGCUCGAUAUCCGGCGCGAGCAGAUCUUCCAGCGGGAACGCGAAGCCGAAUUCAGAGACCAGUCCGAGUCCACGAACUCGCGCGUCGUGCGGUGGAUGUUCAUCCAAAUCGUUGUCCUCGGCAUCACCUGCGCGUGGCAGCUCUCGCACCUGCGCUCCUUCUUCAUCAAGCAGAAGCUCACCUAGAAUGCCUUAUCCCUUUAACCCCUUAACCCCCACAAACCUUCCCCUUUUCCCUUUUUUGUAAUGGGGUAAUGGGCAGGUCACGAUUUUGGUAGGGCAAAGAGAGAGAGAGAGGAGUUCUGGUUUCUUCUGUGUGUAUCUAUGAUUAAAAAGGAAAUGGAAAUGAUAGUCACUAUCAUCAACCUGUCUACGGCUACGAGGAACGUGAGAGACGCGACAAGAACUGCUGUGCGGAACAUGCCCGGGUAGUAAUAACCGCCUACACAGGAAUUGUACACAUGGUCGAUCUUUGUAUUGAUAGCAUGACCCGUGUCAAGGUCGAAUUACGAAUUAUCAACAAAUCUCGCAAAUUAUGGACAAGACAUAGUGAAUUAUAUAAGCUUACAAAGUAAAUAGACUAGGUAAUACAAGAACGAGAACACGAUUGUCUUUGGAGAAUGCCUUUUAUUAAUACUAGAACUUCGUAAAUUUCCGAUGCCACUAGAGUAGUGAGACAAAGAGGCACAUUUUGCU